CUUCAGGAGUCACAUGAUCCCGUCCGUGUCACGUCUGUCCCGAGGACAAGCUGCAGACGCUGCGAGGCACAGCUGGGUGUUACGGAUCUGUCCUCUGUGUCUUUUAUGAGGACAAUCACACGGCUAUCAAAAGUUUCUGGUCAGGCGCUGCAGUUGCAGACUUUUCGCGAACAGCCUCUUAACAGCACCGUUUUAUUGUUGCAUGAGAGUUCGUUAGAUGAGUCUAAAGUCUGCUUGAGGUGUGUUCACGACCUGACUCACUGUGAAGGCUGAGCUCUUCCAGACCAGCACAGCGCUCCGUUGUCUUGUCCUCCUUCCUCUCUGCAGGACGAUGAAGCUGAUCAUCCUCAAUGACUACGACCAGGCCAGCGAGUGGGCUGCCAAGUACAUCAGAAACAAGAUUGUACACUUCAGACCUGGCCCGGACAGAUACUUCACCCUGGGGCUGCCCACAGGAAGCACGCCUUUGGGUUGUUACAAGAAGCUGAUCGAGUUCUAUAAAAACGGAGAAGUCUCAUUCCAGUAUGUUAAGACUUUCAACAUGGACGAAUACGUAGGACUUCCCAGAGAUCACCCCGAGAGCUACCACUCCUUCAUGUGGAAUAACUUCUUCAAGCACAUAGACAUAAAAGCAGAGAACACGCACAUCCUGGAUGGCAAUGCUGCCGACCUGCAAGUAGAGUGUGAGGCCUUCGAGAAAAAGAUAACAGCCGCCGGGGGGAUCGAGCUCUUUGUUGGAGGUAUUGGCCCCGAUGGCCACAUCGCCUUUAAUGAGCCUGGAUCAAGCUUGGUGUCCAGGACCAGGGUGAAGACUCUGGCAAAGGACACUAUCAUAGCUAACGCCAGAUUCUUCGACGGGGAUCUCUCGAAGGUGCCCACCAUGGCUCUGACUGUGGGAGUGGGCACUGUCAUGGACGCAAAAGAGGUCAUGAUUCUCAUCACCGGAGCACACAAGGCAUUUGCUUUAUACAAGGCAAUAGAGGAUGGCGUGAAUCACAUGUGGACAGUGUCCGCAUUCCAGCAGCACCCGCAGACUGUUUUUGUAUGUGAUGAAGAUGCCACCCUGGAGCUGAGGGUCAAAACUGUAAAGUACUUCAAAGGGAUGAUGUAUGUGCACAAUAAACUGGUGGAGCCACCAAUCCUGGACGGAAAGAAGAACUGAUCGAAGGAGAUUUCAGACUUUGUGCGUUCAUGAGGCUUUAAAAAAAAAUCAACACCUAAUGAUUCCUUUAUCUUCGGAUGGAGACACAUUGGUGGACCUGGGAGCAGUGCUUGGAGUCGUCCACAAAUACUAAUCUGUGUAGAAAUAAUCAGGUUUAUAAGUAAUCAGGUGAUUUUUUCAUACAUUUGUUCUUUGUAAUAAAGUGCGUUUGAUUUUUACAUCUUG